CCCAAACUUCAUUGGAAAUAUAAAUAUAAUAGAUUGAAAGUUGAUGGAUGGAUGAUGAUUCUCCUUCUGCCUUGCUUCCCAAGUCCUAGGGUUCACAAGAUCACCUGGCUACAUGUGAAGCUCCAGAACUUUUUGAAGGCGUGUGAGUGCAGCGAGACAUAGGAGCGAUGGCUGAGGUGAAGCAGUUGCUGAGCUUGAUCAUCGAUACUUUCAAGAGUAGCGAAAGCCAGGCGCUUGUUGGCAACCCCUCUGAGGUAGAUGAGUGGCUUAGCUAUGCAUCCAGCUUUGGUGUGGGGUCUGAGUUCGAGGGAGCUUGUGCGUAUGCGAACAGCUACCUCGCCUUCCGCACCUACUUCGUUGGCAAUGAUCUCACUGUAGCAGAUAUUACCAUUGUUGCUUACCUAGCGAAGGCAGGGCCGAGAUGGGAAAGUUUCAGAAAGACUGCCAAAUUCCCGAAUCUUGUACGAUGGUACAAUUGCAUUCUUGUGCAGUAUCCUGCGAUUGCGAAUGUCCUGCCUUCGCGUGGCGCUGGAAAGCCCGCUCCAGAGGUUUCAAAGUCCAGUUCUGCUGCAGCGGUUUCUGCUGAGGCAAAGGAGAAGGUGGAUGGCUCAUUCGAAGUGGAUUUGCCUGGUGCAGAGAUGGGCAAAGUAUGCACGCGGUUUCCGCCCGAGCCAAGUGGUUACCUUCACAUCGGGCACGCUAAGGCAGCUCUUUUGAACCAAUUUUUCGCUCAAAAGUACAAAGGACGGCUUAUUAUUCGGUUUGAUGACACAAAUCCGGCGAAAGAGAAGGAUGAGUUUGUAGAGAGUAUCUUGCAAGAUCUGGACACGUUAGGCGUGAAGGGCGAUGUGAUAACGUACACCUCUGAUUACUUUCCACAGCUUAUGGAGAUGUGUGAAAAGUUGAUCAAAGAGGGGAAAGCAUAUGUGGAUGACACAGAGCGGGAGCAAAUGCAGCUAGAGAGGAAAGCUAUGAUUGAGUCGAAGUGUCGAAACCAAACUGUUGAGGAGAACCUGAAGCUUUGGAAGGAAAUGAUUGCUGGCUCAACAAGAGGUGUUCAGUGUUGUGUUCGUGCUAAGAUGGACAUGAGUAACCCUAAUGCAUCUCUGCGAGACCCUGUUUACUACCGCUGUAAUCCGACUCCUCAUCACCGUGUGGGUUCUAAGUACAAGGUCUACCCCACAUAUGACUUCGCAUGUCCUUUCGUGGACAGCAUUGAAGGUGUUACUCAUGCCCUUCGGUCAAGUGAGUACCAUGAUCGGAAUGACCAGUAUUACAGAGUCCUGGAAGACAUGCAACUAAGGAAGGUUCAUGUAUGGGAUUUCAGCCGUCUUAAUUUCGUAUAUACUCUUCUUAGCAAGCGCAAGUUACAGUGGUUCGUGGACAAUGGACGGGUGGAAGGUUGGUACGAUCCUCGUUUUCCGACAGUUCAAGGCAUUAUCCGUAGGGGUCUCACAAUCGAGGCUCUUAAGCAAUUUAUCUUAUCUCAGGGUGCAUCAAAGAAUCUGAACCUAAUGGAGUGGGACAAGCUGUGGACUAUCAACAAGAAGAUUAUCGACCCUGUUUGUCCUAGGCACACAGCUGUUCUUUCCGAGGGUAAAGUUCUGCUUGAUCUAAGCAAUGGUCCGGAGACUCCUUUCACUCGGGUAAUCCUGCGUCACAAGAAGUAUGAGCCUGCCGGGAAGAAGGCCACCGUUUUCACAAAGAAAAUAUGGCUUGAUCAUGCAGAUGCCAAUGCUGUGUCUAAGGGAGAGGAAGUUACUCUUAUGGACUGGGGUAAUUGUUUCAUCAGGAUAGUUGAACGCGACCAAUAUGGUCUUGUUACUCGUCUUCAGGGAGAAUUGCAUGUUGAGGGAUCAGUGAAGACCACGAAACUAAAAUUGACGUGGCUUCCUGAGACUUCAGAGCUGGUUCCCCUGACUCUCGUUGACUUAGACCACCUCAUCGUCAAGAAAAAGCUCGAGGAGAAUGACGACUUCGUGUCUGUUCUCAAUCCUGUAACCCGCAUUGAAUCUGCUGCAGUUGGAGACUCUAACAUGCGGAACUUACAGCGUGGAGAAAUCAUUCAGCUGGAGAGGAAGGGAUACUUUAUCUGUGACGUGCCGUUUGUGCGGUCAUCUAAACCAAUUGUGCUUAUUUCUAUUCCUGAUGGCAGACAACAGAAACCACCAGGCCAGCAGUGAUGACGUGAAAAGAUUGGAGUGCGAUGACAUCUAGGCUCAUCUGUAUUAGAGGUGCAUAGACCCCACCAAUAAUCCUUGAAGCUGAUCAAAUAAAUGCCUUCAUUGCAACUCCAACUGUUUAA